UAGACACAUUGCAGAUCCUUGUGUGCAUUUCAAUUGGCUUUCGGAAAGCAGCAGAGAAGACUGCGCUCCUCCACAACAAAGGGGCUCCACUCCCCAUACACGCCCAUUCUGAAAUGCUCGUAUUUGGUGAAGGUUUGUAAUCAUCCCCAAAUCUUUCCCCAUGACGGUAGACUUUCAACAUGGUGCAAAAAUCCGGCAAUGGUGGAGUGUACCCGGAUCCUGCUGGGGAGAAGAAAUUGAAAGUCGGCUUUGUAGGGUUAGACUCGGCGGCUCCCGACUCUAGCAGGGAUGGGGCAUUGCUCAUUGCUGGUUCAGAAGCUACCAAGCGGGGCAGCAUCUUAAGCAAACCCCGGUCCAGCGUCACUGGUUCAAGAAAACCACCCAAGAGAAAUGCGUUUUAUCGAAGAUUGCAGAAUUUCCUAUACAACGCGUUGGAAAGACCAAGAGGCUGGGCUUUCGUCUAUCAUGCAUACGUUUUUCUCUUGGUAUUCUCCUGUCUGGUCCUGUCAGUUUUCUCAACAAUCAAAGAAUAUGAAAAAAGCUCAGAGAAUGCCCUUUAUAUUCUGGAAAUUGUGACCAUUGUUGUUUUUGGUGUGGAGUACUGUGUGAGAAUCUGGGCCGCUGGCUGCUGUUGUCGUUAUCGAGGAUGGAAGGGGAGGCUGAAAUUUGCACGGAAACCUUUCUGUGUUAUCGACGUCAUGGUGUUGAUCGCCUCCAUCUCGGUGCUGGCUGCAGGCACCCAGGGCAAUGUCUUUGCCACCUCUGCCAUCAGGAGCUUGAGGUUCUUACAAAUCUUGCGCAUGAUCCGAAUUGAUCGCAGGGGUGGCACCUGGAAGCUGCUGGGAUCUGUGGUCUAUGCACACAGCAAGGAACUGAUCACGGCCUGGUACAUUGGGUUUCUCUGUCUCAUCCUCGCCUCUUUCCUGGUAUAUUUGGCUGAGAAAGAAGAUAACAAAGAAUUUGAAACCUACGCCGAUGCACUCUGGUGGGGUCUGAUUACUCUGACUACAAUCGGCUAUGGGGAUAAGUAUCCAAUUACUUGGAAUGGCCGUCUUCUUGCUUCAGCCUUUACACUCAUUGGAGUGUCUUUCUUUGCACUUCCAGCAGGCAUCUUGGGCUCUGGAUUUGCCCUGAAAGUUCAGGAGCAACAUCGGCAGAAACAUUUUGAAAAACGGCGGAAUCCAGCUGCUGGUCUCAUCCAAGCUGCCUGGAGGUUCUAUGCUACCAGUCUUACCAGGACUGACAUGGAGUCGACCUGGAGUUACUAUGAGCGGACAGCGUCAGUUCCCAUGUACAGACUGAUUCCACCACUCAACCAACUAGACCUGCUGAGGAACCUCAAGAGCAAGUCAGGACUCUCAUUCAGGAAAGAUUCGCAGCCAGAGCCUUCCCCCAGUCACAAGGUCAGCUUAAAGGAACGUGUAUUCUCCAGUCCCCGGAGCUCGGGGGCCAAAGGAAAGGGCUCACCUCAGGGCCAGGGCCUCCGCAGGUCCCCCAGCGCAGACAACAGCAUUGAGGACAGUCCCAGCAAGGUGCCCAAGAGCUGGAGCUUCGGAGACCGCAACCGCGCAAGACAAGCCUUUAGGAUAAAGGGGGCCACGUCUCGACAGAACUCAGAAGAGCUGAUUGAGCUGCAGGAUGAAGAAUUCAGAUUGAAGGACUUUCAAGCAAUUGAAGGGUUGAUCAAAGCAAGCCUGCCAGGGGAAGAUAUAGAUGACAAAGGCUGCCACUGUGAGUUUGUGGCACAGGAUUUAACUCCAGGAUUGAAAGUUACAAUCAGGGCCGUGUGCAUUAUGAGAUUUAUGGUUUCAAAGAGAAAAUUCAAGGAGAGCCUGAGGCCUUAUGAUGUGAUGGAUGUAAUUGAGCAGUAUUCAGCUGGCCAUUUGGACAUGUUGGCACGGAUUAAAAACCUACAAUCCAGGAUAGAUAUGAUUGUGGGUUCUGCACCCCCUUCAACUCCCCGGCAUAAGAAGUAUGCAACCAAAGGACUCAAAGAAUCACCCCAGUACUCUCCUAGAGUUGACCAGAUUGUUGGUAGAGGUACUGCAAUAACAGACAAGGAUCGAACCAAAGUGGCCACUGAAGGAGACCACCCUGAGGACCCCAGCAUGAUGGGAAAACUGGGAAAGGUUGAAAAACAGGUGAUGUCAAUGGAAAGGAAGCUGGAUUUCUUGGUGAACAUCUAUGUGCAGAGGAUGGGAAUCCCUCAGUCCGAGACGGAGGCCUACUUUGGAUCCAAGGAGCCUGAACCUGCACCCCCUUAUCAUAGUCCUGUGGACAGCAGGGAACAAAUGGAUAAGAAUGGCUGCAUCACCAAGAUCAUACGCUCCAACAGUUCGGCAGGGCAGAAGAAUUUUGAUGCACCGCCAGAUCCUCCAGGCCCCUGCCCUCCUUCCACAUCAUGGCAGCAACACCCUAUCAGUGAGUACCAACGCCACAGUCAAGGGAACUCGCCUAUCGGGGACCCAUCCUCCUUAGUUAGAAUCCCACCUCCGCCCUCUCAUGACCGCUCUUCAGGGGGCCACAAUGGGAGCAACAGAGGAGGUGCAGAAUACUUGAGGAAUGACGAAGCUACAGGGAAACAUCAUGACAGUGCCCUGAGGGACAGUGACACUUCCAUCUCUAUCCCGUCUGUGGAUCAUGAGGAGCUGGAACGCUCCUUCAGUGGCUUCAGCAUCUCCCAGUCCAAGGAGAAUAUGGAUUACCUCAACAACAGCUAUUAUGGAGCAAUGGCCCCUGGCGCUGCUGUCAGACCCCACAUUGCAGAAGGGGAGUCUGACACAGACUCAGAUAUAUGCAGCCCUUCUGGUCCAUCUCCAAGGUCUGCAACUGGAGACAUGGAGUGGUCCAGGUCAAAAUGAAACUGGGGGACAUCAGUACAUGUUCUGAAUCUGAUUAGCAAAAGUUGAUGUAGCCAUAAGAAUGAUGAAAUUGCCCAGUGGCCCCAACUUUACAUUGAGAAGUUAUGGAAAAGAGAAGUCCCAUCUGCUCAAUAAAUGAACUGUUGUCUUAGAUUUUGACAUGUCUGCUGUGGACCAGGGAACCCAGUUAGUUUUCAAUGUCUGUAAUUUUUUUAAACUUAAAAAAGGGUUCAGGUUAACCUAGGCAGAAGGCACACUUGUUUAGAAUAACACAAUUCUUUAAUCCUUUUCUUGCAUACAUUGUAUUUGUUCGCUUUCAUCCAACGUAGCAAUUAAAAUUACUUCAUAAGCACAGGGCCAGUAGUAUAGUUGCUCCCAUAAUUAGAGAAUGUAUAUCUUUAGAAAAAUAAAGUUAUGGAAGAAUAAGCUACAGUAAUUUCUCAAACUAAAAGACAGAACGUUUACCGGAACUUAUACAUGCCAUAGAGGUUAGCACCUCUUACCAAACUUCCAGAUGUUGUUAUGAUAUAUUAUUGUACAAUCGUACAGUAAUUACUCAUAUAAAUUCUAAAUGUAUUCAAAUCAUCCCAACUGAGGUUGAUGUUGUUAAUUUACUUUUAGUUGCUCAUUAACACACUGAUAUAUUGUAUCUUGAUUGCAAACAUUGUGAAACUGCACACCAGCAAACAUAACAACACUUCCUUUCUUUAGGUCAGGCAAGAUUGUAGACAUACAUCUGUGAGGUGGAUUGACAUUUUCGUCUUGAUCUAACAGUGAACAAGAAUGUCAAUUUACAUUAAACAACACCCAACGAGACUGGAAGACUUACUCUUUUUCAGUUGACAUCAUGAAUUUUUAACUGUCGUGGUUUAUGAUAAAACAAAGUACAGUACAGGAUUGCAAAAGCAAUUUUUAGUGAUAACAAUCCACAAGAUGUUCUCUUAAAAGAUGUAUUAUAAAAAAAUGAUGAUUGAAGACUGUAUAUAGGCACUAUUAAAAAACAAACAACUGGUCUUGCUUUACAUGAAGGAGAAACAGUUGUAACUCCUGUGAAAGUUUGUCUGACAAAAGUUUUUUUUUUUCAGAACAUAAGACUGAAUUUAUUAUUUUAAAAUACUGUUGUAAGGGCAUAACUGAUUGAGUGUCAGUUUUACCAAAGCAUUUUCCUAAGGAAAAAAAAAAAAAAAGUAUUGGCAGCUAGGUUUUGGAAGCUUGUCUGUGAAUGGCAAUGCAUUUACAAUUUACCAAGAACAAAGACGCCCUAAAAAAAUUCUGACAACCUUGAAGUCCUAUAUAAUUUUUGCCUGUAAAAGCAUGCUUUGAGAAAAAUAGUCUGCAUUUGUAACUACUACAUCUAUUCUAAGAUACUCUAAUGUAAUAUCAGACUGCAUUUCUUUAUUAUUUGUUUUUCUAUAAUACUGUUUCAUAUUAUUACAGCAUAGUUCACAAUUGUAUACUAUAAAAGUUUGUCCAGGCAAAUCCAUUUAUCUGUUAUUUUCUUUAAAUAAAUCUAUAAAAUCCCAUGAAAGUGAGUUUAACGAAAAGUGAUCAAAAUACGAAAGAUAUUUUUAUUAAUUGAAUGUAUGCAGUUGAUGAUAUGUAGUACUGGGGAUAAUUAUGGGGAAAACACUUUUAUAAUAAUUAUUAAUUACAUUUUUACAAUUGACUAAAUGUGCGUACGAUAUAAAAAAUACACAACAAUGACUGUGUUAUUGAUAGUAGUGGUACUAGCAUAUUGCAUUUCAGUUCUUCGAGACAUUGACUCAAAGUACUAGCCACUACCUAGUGUAUUCCUUGAAAGGCUGUUGAAGAGCAAUGGAUCUAUAUGGAUGUGACAUCUAGUACAAGCAUGCUUUAAUUAACUAGAGGCGCUAAUUUCCUUUUAGUUAUUUAUUUUUCUUGACUGUGGAACCAAUAAACAACAAGAAGGCUGCGAAUGCAGAAGGCACAGAGAAUCAGUCCAUCCUUCAGGUGGCAGCUAUAGACCCACUUACCUUGUGUGCUUGUUGCUUAUUACUUCAAAUGAAUGUAUCACCUUGCCUUCUCUUGAGCAUUCAAUUCAGCAGUUCUUUUCAUCCUCAGUGCUUUUGCAAAAACUUUUCAGCGAAUAAGUACAAUAUAUGUUGUUCAAUAUCCACUAUGAGUUUACAGAGUUUUACUACAUAUUUGCAAAUAUAUUCCAGCUUUGAGUACCAUGAGGAUUUUAACAGCCAUUGCUAUCUCAAUAUCUCGGUUGGUCUCAUAUUUCCUUAAGAAAGAACUAAACUGAAAAUGGAUAUUAUAUCAAUCCAUCUAAAUUCAAACAAGUCCAUUUCAAGUGGCUCAUGGAAUAUAUUUUAACUUAUUUGUCCUUGAGGUUUCUAUUAUUUUUUUAUGUCUGUCCUUCCACCUCCACACGUUGCUUCAUUAUGCAUUUUCAUUCAUUGCUUCAUUAUGCAGACGCCCUAAAAAAAUUCUGACAACCUUGAAGUCCUAUAUAAUUUUUGCCUGUAAAAGCAUGCUUUGAGAAAAAUAGUCUGCAUUUGUAACUACUACACCUAUUCUAAGAUAUUAUAAUGUAAUAUCAGACUGCAUUUCUUUAUUAUUUGUUAUUUGAAACAGGUCUUUGAAAAUUAAACAAUGAGACUACAGUAGAUGGUGCAAUUCACUGAGCAGUUCAAGGGUGUUUCCAUAAUUAGUUCCUGUACUGUACAUACUAUAUCAAUAUUGUUAUUAAGUAAACUCAAAGUGUAAAUUAAUUUUAGCAUAUUUAUGGAACAUAAUAAUCAUUGUGCUGGAUCAUAAUAAUCAUUGUGCUUUAAAAGUGUGACGCACAGUAACUGCAUACGCAGGGUGUCAUCAGAUUUUGGACAAGUUGAUAAGAAUAGGUAACUGUGCUUUGAGAGGUCCUGGGUUACAUCCCUGGUCACAGACUUAGCCUUGUCUGUAUUAAGCAUUUUGAGCCAACAGUGGCUGCUUGAAUUGGACUAUAGAUUACUGUAAGACAGUUUUUGAAAAUGUCACUACUGGGACUAUGCUGGAUGAGGAGAAAACUCAGCAAUUCAAGUAAGUUUGUUUAAGGAAUAUCAGUUAAAUUUGAUUCCCCAUGAUGCUAGCUAUAAAAUGGGUUUCACUGGCAUCAUUGCUCUAUCCACCUUUCACACUUCUGUUGGGUAAAUUUAUUGAUUGGUUCCAUUCCAAUUAGAAAAAUUUUUUUUACUUUUGUUUACAUUGAUAAAAUUCAAAAGUUAAGAAAUGUGAAAAUAAGAAACAGAAUGUAGGUAACUGCAAACAAAUCAUCAUAGUGUAUGCAUUUGAAGUAUGUUUUUUUACUGAUAACCAUGUUACACAUUCACUUUGUUAAAUGGAUCUUUUAAAUUAUUUUUCUACUGUAUACGAGACAUCAGAUUUCUCCACAGUUGGAGAACAGAAAGUUAAAAUGCUCAAAAGUCGGUUACUUUGCUAGGAAGCCUGACAUAAAAUAAGUAAAUACAUAAAACAUUGAAGUUAGACAUAAAUACCAGCUGUAGUGGUGAUGCUCAUAACACUUGAGUUAAAGGAUGUGUUACGCAAAUUGAUAUAGAAAUGGUGUUAUAAAGAAGGUUAAAACAACGUUAGUCCUGGAUUCAGCCAGCUUAUACAUAUAAUAUUAUUUUUGUCAGUGCUAUACAAAUCUGCACAUCCUCUAUUAAAAUAUAGGACAUAAGAAAAUGCAAAUACUGCUUGAAUGUACUUAUUCUGUAUUCAUUGUUGCCAUCUACUGCCUUGCUUGUUUGCAUUGUUCCCAAAGACUAUUCAGUUGCCUUUGUUGCAAAUGUGUUUACCAUUGUGCAUUUAUAUGCAUUGAUACAGUGUGUUCAAUAAAUAUGUGAACACUACUUGCAAACUGGACCAGCCGGUGUCUCUUUACAUCACUUUGCAUUGGACUUGAUGUCGGUCAUAUGAAGCUCUCCUGUACUUGCAAACUCAUUGAACACUGUAUAUGAUGCACAGCUAUUGCAAUGUAGCAUUCCGUAUCACUGAAUUUGUGGCAGCUGACACAUGCUUAUUUGAUCUGCUUUCUGAGGUUCAGACAAAAGUAAUCACAUUAGGUUUUACAUUUCCAUGUCCUCAUUUUUGUCAUAGGGCUAAUUGUAUAGUUAAAAAACACAAAUAAAAUCAAUAA